GUGAUCAAUGUUGAAAUAGUUGCGUAUAUUUUUUUGCAUUCGAUUCAUUUCUGAAUGAAUUUUUUUUCAAAAAAAAAUUGAAUUUGAAUUGAAUUAUGGCAUUUUUACAAUGUUGUUAUCAAUCAUUCACUCGAAAUGCAUUAUAUCGAGCAUCAACAAUUUCUCCAUUCAUAUUGAACCUUGAUGCCGGAAAUUGUUUAUUAGUUGACCAGAAACGUUAUGCCGCUAGAAAAGGUAAACGUAUAGCGGCAACACGUGAAAAACAAAAAUUAGCACGUUUACGUCGUGAAGAACAGAAAAUAGCACCACCAAAAAUAUGGAAACCACAAAAAUUAUCCGUUGAUAAAUCAUUAAAAGCUGUGAGUAAAAAAUUUUCCGAUUCGGAUCGGAAAAAUUUAUCCGAAAUCGUAGACAAUGUUAUUGUUAUGGAUCAAUAUAAAGAACGAAAAUAUCCAUUAAAUACGGUAAUGGAUAUGAUACGUGAAACACAUCAACCCGAAUUAUAUGGCGAACCAGAUGCAUUAGUUGAAGCACGUAUUGAAUUAGAUUUACGUACGAAAAAAAAGACAAAAUUUGUCGGUAGUUUUACCGGUAUUGUUUCAUAUCCAAAUCUAUUCCGGUAUGGUGUUAAACGUAAAAUAAUUGCCCUUUGUAAAUCGGAUGAAGAUGAAGAACAAGCACGGAAAGCUGGUGCUGAAUUAGCUGGUUCAAAUGAUAUUAUUCGAAUGUUAAAAAUCGGUGAUAUAACAUUGGAUAAUUUUGAUGAUUUAGUUUGUCAUGGUGAUAUGUUGAUUGAAUUGAAUAAUAUACGUAAUAUUGUUGGUAAUUAUUUUCCAACAAAACAACGUGGUAAUAUUGGUUUCGAUAUGGAACGUUUAGUUAGGAAUUUUGUUAAUGGAAUUGAAUUCAAAAUGAUUAAAGAUGAUUUGGAACCGGAUUAUGGUUCGAUACAAAUACCAUUUGGUCGUUUAUCACAAACCGAUGGCGAAUUGGAAGAAAAUUUUGAAUAUCUAUUGAAAACUAUCGACGCAAAUCGUCCUGGACAAGGUGUACAAUAUGAUUUUCUAUCAAGAAUAUUAAUCUUUUCGGAACCAUCACCGGAAAAAUUCCCUAUUGCAUUUUGGAAUCAUAUUGAUGGUUAUGAUGAUCCUACAAUUGAAGAUCAAAAUGAUGAUGAUGAUAAUCAACAACAACAACAAAAGAAAAAAGCUGUAAACAAAUGAACAAACAAUCAAAAAACUUGUAAAUAAAGGAUUACCUAAUGAUGG